GCGCUCCCACCGUCAGCUUCGAGAAUCGUCUUCGUCGAUUCAAGAAUUGUGGGCUUCAGGAGUUCGAUCGCCCGCUCGCGGCGUCAAUGAAUCUCUCAUUUUUCGUCCUAGUAAUCCUCUUCUUAUCACGGCCAGCCCAAUCCGUGGAUCCUUACAAGGUUCUCGGGGUUGAUAAAAGUGCUAGUCAGCGUGAUAUUCAAAAAGCCUUUCACAAGCUGUCUCUUAAAUAUCACCCUGAUAAGAAUAAAAGUAAGGGUGCACAGGAAAAAUUUGCGGAGAUAAAUAAUGCAUACGAAAUUCUCUCUGAUGAAGAGAAGAGGAAGAAUUAUGAUCUAUAUGGAGAUGAGAAGCUGACUCCGGGAUUUGGAGGUAAUUAUGGAGAUGAGAAACGGAACCCAGGAUUUGGAGCUAAUUUUGGGAAUUAUCAGGGACAUACCACUGGUGGACCAGGGAGCAGUUACUUCACUUCUAACCAGGGUGGAUGGCAGUCAAUGGGUAGCAAAGGAAAUGCCAGAACAUUUUCCUUCGCCUUUAGUAAAAACCCUAGUGUUGGUGGAAAUCCAUUUGGUUUUGGCUUUGGUAAUAUAUUUUCUGAUUUUUUUGGUGGUGGUAUGGAGGGUGGAAAUCAGCAUGAUAGUUUCAGUACCUUUGGUGGACCAAACUCUCAAUUUUCUUCUCAUGGGAACAUUCAGGAUGUUGAUUUGCAGCUUUUCAACAAACAAAUAAAAGACCAGGGGUUAACUUGGCUUUUAUUGUUCUAUACAUCUUCAGCCACAGGAUACCAUGUACUAGAAUCCAUUAUGGAGGAUGUGGCCAGUUCAUUAAUGGGAGCUGUAAAGGCUGGCAAAAUUGAUUGCAAAAAGCAGUCUCUCUGCAAGGAUAUGGGUGUGUCUCUUCCGAAGUCAGCGCGUCUCUUUAUUUAUUCCUAUAAAUCUGCUGAAAAAACUUCAUUGGUAGAAUAUAGUGGUGACCUUGAUCCUCGGAGUCUAAAAAACUUUUGUCUGGAUCAGCUGCCCAGGUUUUCUAGAAGGAUAGAGUUUAGCCAGUUUGAUUUUUCACCUGAUAGCUCAGUAAAUCGACCUCAAGUGCUGCUACUCUCAACCAAGAAAGAGACACCAGUAAUGUGGCGUGUUAUCAGUGGCUUGUAUCGGAAUCGCUUUUUGUUCUAUGAUGCAGAGGCUCAUGAUGUUUCACAUCCUAUGUUGAAAAGAUUAGGAGUCAAAAAGCUACCAUCUGUGGUUGGUAAACUAGUAACUGGUGAGAUGCAUGUUUUGAGAUCUGGAAUCAUUGUUAAAGAUUUGAAAUCUGGCAUUGAAGAGUUGAGAACCUUGCUUGAAAGUUUUGAGAAGAAAAAUAAGGUGUUCUCUGAUCAUUCCAAGAAACCAUCUCAGAAUGAAGAGGGUGGAAAUGUUCCUUUUCUCACAACUUGGAACAUAGAUAAUCUUUGUGGUGAAAAGGCUACUGUAUGUUUUAUAGGUGUCUUCAGGUCAUCAAAGGGAAGAGACAAGCUGGAAACAAUUGUUUCGGAGGUCUCCCGGAAGACUCUAGUUAGGCAGCAGAGCAAAGCCCAAACCACAAGGGAUUCGAUAACUUACUCUCUGUUGGACGGUAACAAGCAGCCGUCUUUCCUGUAUGCGUUUGACAAAUUGGGUUAUGGUUCUUUGGAUAAAUUUCUAAUAGCUUACAAGCCUAGGAAGCAAAAAUUUGCAGCUUUUACCGGUGAUGUGACGAUGGAAGCGGUAGAGAAAUUUGUUAGUUCAGUUCUUAAUGGGGAUAUACAGUUCUCCAAGGUUCGACAGCAGCCUGUUAUUAGAUGAGGUACUUAAAAAUGUCAGUCCUUGUGAACUUUUCACCGUGUAGCAUACCACCAUUUACCCCAUGGUGCAACUGACAGAUCACUAUGGAAGUGGCCCUGGGAAGAAAGGAAGCAUGACAGUGAUCUCACUUGUCAAGUAAUCGUUGUAUAGAGCAAGAAUGAGACCAAAACCCUGAAAGAGGUUUCUUACGGAAAUAUGUAUUUUUUUUUUUGGGUCACUAAUUCUAAUCUUUGCCUUCACUUC